AUGGCCAGCCACCAAGUCUCCCAACAGCUGAGCGAGGUCGCUGAGGCACUCAUCGCCAAAGUGCAGGAGCCGAGGACGGCAACUGUUCUCAUUACUGUCUUGGUGAUACUUUUAACGACGAGGCUACUGAGCGGGAAGUCGGAAUCCGGCCCAGAUGACGCCCGCAGGCCCCCAAGACAAGGGUACUGGGUACCGCUUCUAGGCCACGUCCCUCAGCUUGCUUUGAGGGUCAACGGCUUCCUCGCCUCAGUUCGCAACAAGUAUCCGAAGGGCGCCUUCUCUCUCUCUGUUCUUUGGCAGACCCAUACGGUCAUUUACCGCCCGUCAUGGGUGGCGACGCUCAUGAGCCAACCACAGUCGGUCGCCAGCGAUGCAUGGGCUCAAGAGAACCUCAUGCGGUCCAAUUUUGGCCUCAAGAGCCGUCACACAGAGAUCUACCGCAAGGUGCUGCCUGAGCUCAAUGCCCAAUUCAAGUACAUUCUUUCGGAUUCGAGCCUCAGUGAGGCCACCAAAAUCGCCUCUAUCAAUCUCAAGAACAGGAUCGCCGAGUUGGUGACUUUCAAUCCCUUCCCAGCCGAUCAAUCUGACUGGGAGCGGUUGUCCGGGUCCGAUGUGCUGGAAGGCGCGUCGGGCAAGAUCUAUGCCGACCUCGACCUGCUGGAGCUCGUCAGGAACUUCGUGGCCCAAACAGCCAACUCGGGGCUGUUCGGCUCUGAUUUCGUUGACAAUUUUCAGGAUUUCGCAACUCUUCUCUGGGAAUAUGAUAGAGGCGUCCCCAAGUUGGCCAUGAAGUUGUCCUGGUGGUAUCCCGAUUCCACACUUUACAGAGCGAUGAUUGCCAGGAGGAGGCUCUUGACCUACUUGAGGGAGUUUCACCGGGAAUUGGAUAAGUACUUUGAAGGCCACGAACCAGGUCUGGAGUGGUCGGACAUCAACAAUGUCGGCACCCUGAUCAAGCAGCGCGCCAUGGUCUUCCGCAAACACAAUGUGCCUAUCGAAGUUCGUGCAUCCUGCGACCUGGCUCUGCUUUGGGCCAUGAAUGCCAGAACCAGUACUCUGGUCUUCUGGAUGGUAUAUGAGAUCAGCCAGGAUCCCAUUCUGUUGGCGCAAAUCCAUGAGGAGAUUACACCUCAUGUCGAUGCGGUACACCCCAAAAACGAGUUCGGCCCCGGCGUAUGGCUUGCCCCGGAAAUCAAAACUCUCGACGUCGAAGCUCUGGUGCAAAACUGUCCACUAUUGAAUGCGGCCUACAUUGAGACGAUGAGAGUAUACUCGUGUGCAUGGUCGGUCAAAUAUAUGGAACAGGACCUGGUGCUCAAGGAGAAGGAUUCAGGCGACAACUGCAUGCUUCUCAAGGGCACGUAUGCUCAUGUUCCGCAUGACACCCACCAUAACGACCCCAGGUACUUUGAGAGCCCCAAGGAAUGGCAGGCCAAAAGGCAUUUGAAGGAAAGUGUCGACACCAAGGGCGCCAAGAGCGUCUCGGUCGACAUGAGAAGUAUCAGACCCCACGAGGGACAACUAGUUAUAAGCGAGGGCGGGCCCUUCGCGGUACGAGAGCUGCUCAUGUUCACCUCGGCGAUUAUCAGCAUGUACGAGUUUCACCCCGUGGGUGAGGAGGGUCCCUGGAAAACGGUGAAGACGGUGAAUCAGGGCCCGACGAAAAUGCCAGCAUCCAAGUGCAAGGUAUGGGUCCGGAGACGAAAGCUGCGACGGGAGAAAUAG